ACAGUAAAGCCUGCCAGCUUGUGACAAGCCUAUCAAAGAGAAACCUUAAUGAAUUACGGAAUUUCUUUUUUUUUGUGAAUCUGAGUGCUUCUUUUACUUUUUCAGAUUCCAAAUGAGAGUAUACAUUUUCCUGUGUUUGAUGUGCUGGGUAAGAUCUGAGAAUAAAAGACCAUGCAUUGAAUUCUCUCAUCUAAGUGUAAAGGAUUCCUUAAAAGAUUUGUUUAUUCCCAGAUUAAAGAUAGUUCUGAUGAUGUAUACAAGGAACAACCUGAACUGUGCUGAGCCACUUUUAGGGCUCAAUAACUCACUCAAUGUUAAUUUCAACACACAAAAGAAAACAGUCUGGCUGAUUCAUGGAUACAGACCAAUGGGCUCCACCCCAUCAUGGCUUUCAAAUUUUGUAAGGAGUUUAUUGCAUAAAGAAGAUAUUAAUGUAAUUGUAGUAGACUGGAACCAUGGUGCUACAACUUUUAUUUACAACAGAGCAGUUAAAAACACCAGAAAAGUUGCUGAGACUUUGACUGAGUACAUUCAAUAUCUUUUGACACAUGGAGCAUCUCUUGACAAUUUUCACUUCAUAGGCAUGAGCUUGGGAGCUCAUAUUAGUGGUUUUGUUGGAAAGAUAUUUCAUGGUGGACUUGGAAGAAUAACAGGUCUUGAUCCUGCUGGGCCAAAAUUUACUGGAAAGCCAUCAAAUAGUAGAUUAGAUUACACUGAUGCAAAAUUUGUAGAUGUCAUCCAUUCUGAUGCCAAAGGUUUAGGUAUCCAAGAGCCAUUGGGACAUAUAGAUUUUUAUCCAAAUGGAGGAAAAAAACAACCUGGAUGUCCUAAGUCAAUUUUUUCAGAUUACAAGGCUAGUUUAUGUGUGGACUGUGGCAGCUUUAAGGAAAACUCAUGUCCUAGGCUAGGUUAUGAAUCUGAGCUAUGGAAAAUUGGCUUAAAAGGAAGAGUGGAAGGAUGGCCUCAUAGGACCAUUGUGUAUUUGGAUACUAGUAGUACAAGUCCAUUUUGUACUUAUUAUUUUGUUCUCAGUAUAGUUGCUGUGGGUGAAGCUAUGAGUGAUGGCUAUAUUUCAUUUAGAUUAUUAAACCAACUGGGAACCAUUGAAAAUCCAAGGCUCUAUGAGAAGAGCAAACCAUUUUAUAGACUUCAAGAAGUCAAUAUUCUUGCUCAAUUUUUCACUGAUGUUGUAAAUAUUUCAAGCAUUGGUUUGACAUAUUUCCAGACCUCAAAUAUACAAUGUUCCACAUGCAGCUACAGGAUCCAGAGUCUCAUGUUAAAAUCACUCACGUACCCAGAAAGACCACCACUCUGCAGGUAUAAUUUUACACUUAAAGAGGGAAAAGAAAUAUUUCUUAAACUACGCGCAUGUACAGCAAAGAAUAUUUAAACUCCUUCUCCCAUCAACUGUAAACUUAUUUGUGAAUUAAAGAACUUUUAAAUUAGAAAAAUACCAUCAUUCUUUCUUUUAGAAUGCAUUGUUCAAU